AUUAAUCCUUGGAAAUAUCCAUAUCUACCUGCAUAUUUGCAAAAUGUAGCGAAAGGCAACCCGCUACCGGGCCUGCCAUGUUUAUUUUUCACGCCCGCGCCCGACGUUUUCGCGUCAGCGAGUUGCUAGGGAGGAGAGCGGAAGCCGGAGGCUCAUUCUCUGGCACCGCUGGCGCAGUUAGUUGAUAGCGAAUACAUCCUAGCGCUACCCCUUUGGCGAAGGGUCAGCCGAACGGAUAUGCGGCUGCACCAGAGCCGCGCGAAUCCAGGCGCGCUGAUUGUUUGCAAUUCUGCAACUGGGCCAAACGCAGCGGCUGUAGCGCGCCGCAACUGGCUCCAGCCUCGCAAUAGUGGCGGUCGGCAACUCUUUUUAGCGACCGGCGUGGCGUGUCGUCUUGCAAUUUUAGGAUGCGGAAAAGCAGGCCGCCAGCAUUCGCCAAAGCCGGGCGCCAUUCGUGAAAAGCCUCCAGGUGGCCUUCCGGCCAGCGCGCAUGCACCCAAAAAGCGCAGCAAAUCCGAGGAAAGCACCUCCACCGAGCGCUAGCCCACCGCGCAACAUGCCUAGUAGCAGUAUUUCGCUGAGCAUGCCCCGCUGCUCCAGAAACUCUUGGCCGUACUUCAGCCGGGUCGCAAAGCACUCGCCCACGGUUCCGGUGCGAUCGGGAAAUACUGCCAGGCAUCUUGGGUUCGCAUAAAGAUGUCGCAUGAAGACCAAUACCCCAAACAAAUACCCCUUGAAGGAGGUACUUGCUGGGGGUAUUCGUCAUCGUUGUGCACCGAGCUGAGUCCAAAAAUCCCGGGGGGUAUUGAUGGGGGUAUUCGUACGGGGUAUUGCUUUGGGGUAUUCGUACGGGGUAUUGCUUUGGGGUAUGCGUUUUCGCAUUGGGUGAGCUUGGCGAAGGUGAAACGCGAGCGGGAAAUUUCCAUCAUUGCAAAAUCCCAAUUUGUGUUUCACCCAAACCCGAGCGGGGAAUUUCCAUCAUUGCAAAUUGUAGCUUGCCUCUCACCCAAACCCGAGCGGGGAAUUUCCAUCAUUGCAAAUUGUAGCUUGCCUCUCACCCAAACACGAGCGGGGGAUUUCCAUCAUUGCAAAAUGGCGAGCGUCAAUACUUUCAACUCCCCACACCGUCUGACUUCCAAACCCGAGGAUUUGGCGGAUGGCUGGUCGCCUCGUCAACUCCUACGCGCGCGGAGACAUAUCCAGACGAAGCCUGGGCGCAGCCUCGCGCCCAGGCUUCGUUCGGGUGUAGAAGGUGCGCAACACAGGGACGCCGCACGGCAGGCGGCUCCACACAAAAGUCAGAGCGCUGCUCCUGGCCUCGCCUGCAGCCCCACUCCCCUCUCCCUUUGGCUUCCCGGAAGGUCUCGGUCUUCGGCACUUUCUUUUGGCCAGUGCGGAAAACCGGGCAGCGGGCGUAACGGUACAACAGCAAGAGAUCUACGACUGCGACGGUACCUUAGCGCUGCGCCACUGCUGCUGUGCACGGCGGGAUAAGGAUGAUCAGUAGGAUCGUCUAGACUACGGUGAAGAAGAUGUUUUUUUUUUUUGCGAAUGGUACUAAACGCUUUAAGCCUUAGCAGGCUCGCCUGUUUUACAAGUGGCACGAUCAUAAGAGAUGAAAGAACAGAAUGCGAAUGAGCAAAGUGAUCGCGGACUCUAUUUUCCUGAGAAUACAGUGGAAAUUUGGUUUCAUUACUCACAGCUUUCAAAAGUAGAAACGACACGUAUUAUAUAUCAGCCUCUCUUCAGUAGAAGCCGAGCUGAUGACCGAGAAAAUUGCGACGAGCCGAGAAAAGAGCCGAGAAAAAUCAGCAAAAGCCGAGCUUAGAUGCUGAUGACCGAGAAAAUUGAGACG